CUUUUUAUUUUAUUUUAUUUUCUUUUUUCUUUUUUCUUAAUGGAGAAGAAAAUUGCUGUGGCGCUACUCCUCUGUUUUGCGGUGGCGGCUGCGGCGGCGGAGGAUUCGCUGGCGGUGAAGUGUUCGUCGGAGUUCACGAAGGUGACGCCGUGCCUGCCGUUCGUGACGGCGAAGGCGGCGGCGCCGAGCAAGGACUGCUGCAGCUCGGUGGAGGAUCUGAAGGAAAGCGACCCGGCUUGUUUGUGCUACAUAAUACAGCAGAUCCACAACGGCACCAACGCCGCCGUGAAGAGCAUGGGCGUCCAGGAGUCGCGGCUGCUCCAGCUCCCCUCUUCCUGCAAGCUCGCUAAUGCCAGCGUCGCCGAGUGCCCCAAGCUGCUACACUUACCACCAAACUCCUCCGAUGCCGCCAUCUUCACCAACAACUCCUCCACCACCGCCACCACCCCCGUGGCCACUCCGGCGACACCAUCGUCCACCUCAACUGGUGACGGGUUUCGGCACAAGCCUCAACUCACAGCUGUACCUAUCAUCACUCUCGUCAUCGCGUUAUUCUUCCACGCAUUUCCCACCGGUGGAUCGUCGAUUCUAGAAGGUUCCAUCGGCUUCUAAUUUUGCGUAAUUUUCUUUUUUUUUUUUUGUUUUCUAGUCUUUUGGUACGGCCUUAGACCAUGUACUCCAUCUUGCAAUUUGUGUAAUUCCCACUCUUGGCUUUUUUGUUAAUUAAACUACUUGGAAAACUGAAUUGCAUUGCAUUUUGAUGUGCAGGUUGCUUUUGCUAUUAUUAUUUAGCUAUUCCU